CAGUUUUACGUUUACAAAUUGUAGUUAACCUUAAAUUCGUUGAAUCAAUAAUACAUUAGAAUGACUGCUUUGUCACCUGGUAAAGUGUUAGAUAAAAAUUUCUCCAGUCAGGAUUUCAUAUGAAAUGCAUCGGUGAAAAAGAGUUUCCCGUAAACGAUGGAUCCCCUGUUAAAUUCCAGCCAAGACAGCAACGUCGGCGUACCAUCGCACGAUCGAGUUCAAACUGAUGGCAAUGUGACUAUCCUCAGACAGCUAGACACCGAUCAAGAUGUUCUCUGCAUAUGUUACACGGAGGCCCGUGACUUCCUGGCAGCUGGAUUGACCGACGGCACAGUGAAAUUAUACAAACUGAAUUCCGAGGCAGAUGUGUUGACAUUGCGGGACACCGAGAUUAUUCAAAAACCGAGUCCGACAACAGCGGUCAAGCAUAGGCCUGUUCAUAAAUCGCAUCCGAUCAAGAAAACAAUAACAGCAACUUAUGCUAACGGGUGCGUGAAAUGUUGGCAUUAUCCGACUUCCCAAUGCAUCUACACAAUACGGGAGAAGAGGCAGACGCUUGGCUUGUCUUAUCAUUCUCAUUUGCCGAAAUUCGUCACCACUGGGGACGAUGCGAAGCUUUACUUGUACGACGAAGAAACGAACACGCUGGAGAGAAUAUUUCAAGCAAGCGACUCAUUGGAAGUCAUGGACGGUCACAAGUCGAGGGUUUUCUGUGCGUGUUUCAACCCGAAAUCGGCGCACGAGCUGAUCUCCGGUGGCUGGGACGACACGAUUCAGUUCUGGGAUACCAGACAACCCUAUGCGCUCAGACGCAUCUCCGGGGUACAUAUGUGCGGCGAUGGGCUCGACAUCACGAAAAACGGCAAAGAGAUCGUGUCCUGUGCUUGGCAAAGGGAGAACCCUAUUCAGCUGUGGGACUAUGGCAGCGGAAAGUUGCUCGUGUCACUGGAACCCGACAGCUACUCGUCGUUGCUUUAUUGCGGGAAAUACGUGACGAACAUGUUCCUCGGGUGCGGGGGCGCGGACGUGAAUCUCUUCAGGGUGAUCGACUUGAGGUCUCACGCUGUAAGUUCCGGCGGAUGUCCGCCCCUUUGGAUUCUAUCGAUGAUCGUUAACGAUGUUGCCUCCUCUUCGGUGACACAGACUUUGGCGAUGGUCAGGAAUUUGGGCGGAGGCACGUACAGCAUGGACAUAGGCCCGGUGAACCCGAAGCACGCGAAGAAAACGAAAACGGCCACCGUGGUGCCGCAGAUCGCGUUCUGUGCCGGUAGACGGAUCUUCGAGAUAGACGCUCAGCCCGGCUGACGACGCCCCGAACAUUGUCUCUGUGUCUACACCUUGUCCCUGAAAAUUAAACGUCUGCAACGACAGCCAAAACACUGUGCUCGUUUUUCCCGUUGUUCAACGUCUGGUGAGUAGUCGGUCGUAAAUACAGAAAACAAGAAGAAGAAGAACUGUGGUCUCAGAGGACGAAUCGUUCGGAUCGUUUUAUUGUUUCUCUGUUCGGCGAAGAUGUGGAUGAUAAAGCAAUACUUCGUCCGUCACGCGGUGUUUCAAACGCAAAGCAAAACAUUUUGCCGAAGUAACAUUUUUUUUUAUUCUAAUAUAAUGUGUUACAGUUUAAUAGCAUUCGCUCUCAGGGAUUGUUCUCGUUUCUCAAAUACCUCGUCUGAGAGACAACAGCAGUUAGAAUGAACGUAUGAGAAAAUUAUUUGCAAAAUUAUCUCGGUAAUAAAAUAUAUUUCUACACACACA